CCUGUGCAGGAAGCUUUGUGUGUCAAAUCGUGUCAGUAUUAGCAAACCCAGUAGGGCUGUAAUUGUAACUAAAGCAAUCCAGACUGGGGUGUUUGUUGUGUUAGCUGGCAGGGUGAAGUGUAGCUCUCUGUACAAUGGUAAAAAAGUGGGGGUUUGGGUGUUUUUAACUCCCCUGUCCACCUGCAGGAGCUGUGGUAGCCUGUAAUGCUGUUUGCUCCUGUUCAGCAAAUAUUUUGUUGGCCAAUAGGCAAUGAAAUGGUCACCUUAUGGAACACCCACCCCUGAUCUGCCUUAAUUUCAUAACUGCAAUUUCUCCUCUGUGCCAGAGGUAAACAACUUCUAGUUGUUUUGUUACUCUGUUUCUAACAGGAUGUCUCUGGCCUGGGUGAGUUCUUCAUCAAUUCUGAAGUGUUGAGACAUUUCCCUAAGAAUCCCAGACUGGUUUGGGUUGGAAGGAUCUUAAAGCUUAUCUCAUCCCACCCCCUGCCAUGGGCAGGGACACCUUCCACUAUUCCAGGUUGCUCCAAGCCUUGUCCAGCCUGGCCUUGGACACUGCCAGGGAUGGGGCAGCCACAGCUUCUCUGUGCCAGGACCUCCCCACCUUCACAGGGAACAAUUCCUUCCUAAUAUCCCAUCUAACCCUGCUCUUGGUCACUGGGAAGCUAUUCCCCCUGUCCUGUCUCUCCAGUCCUUUGUCCCAGGUCCUUCUUCUUUGGAGCUCCUUUGGGCACUGAUGUUGUGGCUUGGUGAAGUGCCCCCAGAGCAGUGUGUGGUACUGGUUGCCCAUCCCUUUGAGUUCUCACUUGGUGAAUGUGUUUUCUGAUCAAGGUUUUGGCUCCCUAGCUCCUGUUCUUGCUCCUUGCUCUGGCUCUGCUCUCCAGCAGUUCAGCUCAUGCCUGGGCACACCCUGCCAGUGCCUGGAAUACAAGCUAUGAUCCAGCUGCAGUCAAGCCUUUCCCAAAAGUUCAGUCUCCCAAACACCCCAUUAUUUUUUUUUUUUUAUUUGAUGUGAAAGUGAGUCCUUUAUGGCAGUGAACAGGUCCAUGUUGCAUUGGGUGAUUCUCUGAGUUGUGCUUCUCCUGCUGCCUGGCUCUGUGUGUAGGUUCCCUUAGCCCAAGCUUGGUUAAUUUACUAAUUACAGCAGCUGAAAGUACCAGGAGCCUGGUCGCGGAGAAGCAGUUGGUGCCUGCUGGGACCUGGUGAUGAGCUGCAGCAAUUGAGGCUGGGGGAGGCUGAACCAGCCCCUCCCUCCUCAUCCUCCCCAUUCCUGGUGCUCUGAGCACAGCCAACAGUGGAAGGGGAUUUAUCAGACCAGGAGUGUUGGAAGGGAGGGUGAACUUUGCUCGUGUAGCUGACAAGCAGCUCAUCAGAGAGAUCCUGGGAUGUGAUUUAACCCUUUCUUUUCAAGACCUUGGUCAUCAAUGUAGAGACUCUACAUGGCUGUCUUGCCUUGUUUUCCCAUUGUUGUUCUUCUUUUCUUCUCAUCACCCUCCAGCUUUAGAAAGAUAAGAAUAGAACUACCCAAAGAAAUGGGUCUAAUUGAUGCAGGGAAUCUAGGAACACAAAAGGACUUGUCACUUUCUUCUUUGUACAGAUCCUGGAACUGAAAGGUGACAUCCUGACACCUGGGAGCAUGACAGACCUGGAAUGACUGGAGAGAAGCUGCUUUGGUUGGCCAUCCCUGAUCUUGGGUGCCCAUAAAAGGUGCUAGCACUUGCAGUCUGCUUGCUCAAGGCUGGAAGGCCGGGCCUGGAUCUGCUCUGUACCUUUAAGAGAGACCUGGACCUCUCCAGCCUGACCGUGAGGAGCCAUGGAGGACAAACGCAACAUCCCCAUCAUUGAGUGGGAGCACCUGGACAAAAGGAAAUUCUACGUCUUUGGGAUUUGCAUGACCAUGAUGAUCCGGGUGAGCGUUUACCCCUUCACGCUCAUCCGGACACGGCUGCAGGUUCAGAAGGGCAAGAGCCUCUACAACGGGACCUUCGAUGCCUUUGUGAAAAUCCUGCGGACAGAAGGGACGGCCGGGCUCUACCGUGGCUUCCUGGUGAACACCUUCACGCUGAUCUCGGGACAGUGCUACGUGACCACAUACGAGCUCACCCGCAAGUACGUGUCGCGCUACAACAACAACAACGCCGUCAAGUCCCUGGUGGCCGGCGGCUCGGCCUCCCUGGUGGCCCAGAGCAUCACGGUGCCCAUCGAUGUCGUCUCCCAGCACCUCAUGAUGCAGAGGAAGGGGGAAAGCAUGGGCAGGUUCAAGGUGCAGAACCAAGAUGGCAAGCGUCUGCUGGUCUUUGGCCAAACCAAGGACAUCAUUGUACAGAUUUUCAAGGCUGACGGUUUCAGAGGCUUCUACCGGGGCUAUGUGGCCUCGCUGCUCACUUAUAUUCCCAACAGUGCGGUCUGGUGGCCCUUCUACCACUUCUAUGCUGAACAGCUUUCGAGUUUGACUCCUAAAGACUGUCCCCACCUCCUUCUGCAAGCGAUAUCAGGGCCCCUUGCGGCUGCCACAGCUUCCACUCUCACCAACCCCAUGGAUGUGGUGAGGGCUCGGGUCCAGGUAGAAGGCAAGAGCUCCAUCAUUCUCACCUUCAAACAGCUCAUUGCAGAGGAAGGUCCCUGGGGGCUGACUAAAGGCCUCUCUGCCCGCAUCAUUUCGGCCACUCCUUCCACCAUCGUCAUCGUGGUGGGCUAUGAAACGCUGAAGAAGCUGAGCCUGCGCCCAGAGCUGGUGGACUCAAGGCACUGGUAGAGGCAGCUGGGGGAGGAGAACCUUCCUGUGAACUCUCUGAGUUUGGACUCUUGCAGGGGAGAGCCUGGGAUGCGACGCAGCUGCUGUGCCUUUGUCUCUGGCUGGUUUCACAGCACAAGGCAGAUGCAAAAGCAGCUGCACUUCACCUCUAGAUCUGAGUGUCACGCAAUGGUCUGCUGAUGGUUUCGCUUCAACUGUGACCUUUGGCAGUGCUCUUUGCCUGGAGCAGUCCAUUCCAGGUGUGUGAAUGCAUCCUGGCAAGUUAGUAAUUCCUUUUUUUUUUAAUUAAAGACUUACUGGCUUAAGCAAAAAGCCAGUUUAUUCUCUUUAAAUUAUUUUCAUCUUUGCCAAACUUCCAAGGAGUCUCACGGCCUGCAGCAGGACCCUCUGCUGGGAUGUCUCUAGUGGCAGUUGUGCUGUGGGAAGCUGGAAGCAGAAAAUAGACAAGUGACUUUCUCCAAUUACCUGCUGUAUUUCUAGAAGAUGUGAGACAAAGAGUAACGUGGAACCACUUCAGACCUGAUUUCCUGCGUUUUGAAUAGAUCUACAUACUUGUUUUGUAUAUUCUUGGAAAAUGUUCCCUGUCUCUCAUCCUUCAAACAGCAAGCUAGCAGAUAGCAAGUGAGGAGCUGAGCUGGCUGUUUGGAAUUAGCUGAUGGCAGUUUUGACACCUAACCUGUGUUUUUAAUCUGUUGUAAUUUAAUUUUUUUUAUUUUAGGGAAGGUUAUUCUGAUUUCUGGGGAACUGAAUGGUUGUCCUGUGGCCUCGUUCAGUGUGUCAAUCCUGCAUGUUCAGAGUGGCUGUGGCCACUUCCCACCUUAGUUAGUUUAAGCCCAGAAAUGCAGUUUGGAAGUGUUUGAUCGUGGUGCUGCCAGCAGCUGGAUGAGAACUGAAUGGGCUUUGAGCUACAGUUAGAUGGGAGUGGGGGAGGAAAAACCUUGUGCUGGCUUUUGAUCCGCUUCAAACCUGGUGGGCGUGUUUGUAUUGAAUAAGAAGUGAUGGUUCACUUCAUGAGUUUAAAUUCUGCUCUUCCAGUUUGGGAAGGGCAAGGAUAAUGUUUUGCACAAUUGCUGGAUCAGAAGCCUGAGCUAUGGUCUAUGUAUUUUACCAGGUGAAAACUUCAGGGGUAUGAAACCAGAGGCUGCUUUUUGGGGAGGGGAGGGAGGGGGUUGUUUGACUGCACUCUGCUGCUCUUGGUGGUUGAGAUUUGCUUUUCAUGCUGCCAGCCCACACGUGGUGCUUGUCUGGGGGGUUUGGGGUGCACCUCCACACAACAGAGUGCACCACCUCCAUUCCCCUUCUGCCAUAACCAGGAAUUUUGGUUGAGGUGUUGAUCCUGCUGACCUGUGGCUGUUGCUGGGCUCCAACUUGGCUGUCUCUUCCUGAGGGAACUCACCAAGUGUGGCUCUGCCUUUCAUCCCAGUGUUGUCCCUGCCCAGCAGGCACUGGACAUGCCACCAUGCCUGCUGGAGAUGCAGAUGCUGAAGCUGCAGCUGAGGUGGAAGAGGCUUCUCUGCUAAGGGCAGGGUUUGAUUCUAAGGUUCAGUGCUGUGAUGGGGCUAUGGGUGAGAGCCCUCUUCAUCCCAGUUUUGUUUCUUGCAGUGCUCAGAAAGGCACUGGAUGCUGAAGCUGCUGGAGCAACAUCUUCUGCAGCUGCUCCAGUCACCUGUUUGUUGUUUAAAAGUUGACACCAGUCAGCUCUUGUUCUAAUAAUAGAUUCUGCUCUGAAAAGCAGAACAACAGCACCCCAAAGGCAGCAGGAUGUUAACACUGAUAUUAACAGGAACAAUAAUGAUCAACCUCUGCCAGGUGCAGCAGGGCCAGUCCCAGUGUGCAGAACAGAGGGGCGGCAGCACCAGUGUGGGGAGACACUGUCAAACUUAAUGUUCCUCUCGUAACCAGCAACGUUCUUGACAACUAAUAAACUUGAGAGACCUUCA